AUGGCCACCUCCAUUCGCCUCCGUCGUCUCGGCGCUAUCGCCGUCGUAGCCGGUGGAGCAUACACAAUUGUACGGAAUCCUUCAUUCUCAUCAAACGACCGCGGCGACAAGUCCACUGCACUCGACACCUUCCGCCGGAAAAUUGCUGAUCCUUUCGCCGUAGUUCCGUCUCGAGCCACUCAGGAAGCGGCUCUGAUCGGCUCCAGCUUGUCAAAUCCUCUCGACAUCCUUGUUGUCGGUGGCGGUGCCACCGGCUGCGGUGUCGCACUUGAUGCUGCAACGCGUGGGCUCCGUGUUGGCCUUGUCGAACGAGAUGAUUUUUCUUCUGGCACUUCUUCAAGGUCCACUAAGUUAAUUCAUGGAGGAGUUCGCUAUUUGGAGAAAGCAGUUUUCAACUUAGAUUACGGGCAGUUAAAGCUAGUUUUCCAUGCCCUAGAGGAGCGUAAACAGGUCAUUGACAAUGCUCCGCACCUUUGUCAUGCUUUACCAUGCAUGACUCCUUGUUUUGAUUGGUUUGAAGCGAUCUACUACUGGGCCGGCCUGAAAAUGUAUGAUCUGGUCGCGGGGCGACACCUACUGCAUUUGUCUAGGUAUUAUUCUGCACAAGAGUCUGUUGAAUUGUUUCCUACCCUUGCACGAAAUGGUAAAGAUAAAACUCUGAAGGGAACUGUGGUAUAUUAUGAUGGACAAAUGAACGACUCGCGCCUCAAUGUUGCAAUAGCAUGCUCUGCUGCUUUGGCUGGUGCAGCAGUGCUUAACCAUGCAGAGGUUGUAUCCCUUCUCAAAGAUGAGGGUGAUGGUAGAAUAAUUGGUGCACGUAUUCGGAACAACUUGUCAGGUAAGGAGUUUGAUGCAUAUGCAAAAGUUGUUGUUAAUGCUGCUGGGCCCUUUUGUGAUGCUGUACGGAAGUUGGCUGAUAAAGAUGCAAAACCCAUGAUCUGUCCCAGUAGUGGUGUUCAUGUUGUACUUCCUGAUUACUAUUCUCCAGACGGAAUGGGCUUAAUUGUCCCGAAAACUAAGGAUGGUCGAGUGGUUUUUAUGCUUCCAUGGUUGGGUAGAACAGUAGCUGGUACUACUGAUUCAAACACCAGCAUAACGAUGCUGCCAGAACCUCAUGAGAAUGAGAUUGAAUUCAUUUUGGAUGCCAUCUCUGAUUAUCUUAAUGUUAAGGUACGGCGUACUGAUGUCCUAUCUGCUUGGAGUGGUAUCCGCCCUCUAGCAAUUGAUCCCAAGGCAAAGAGUACAGAGAGCAUCUCCAGAGAUCAUGUUGUCGCUGAAGAGCAUCCUGGUUUGGUGACAAUUACCGGUGGAAAAUGGACUACAUAUAGAAGCAUGGCAGAAGAUGCGGUUGAUGCGGCUAUAAAAUCUGGAAAAUUGAACCCAGCGAAUAAAUGCUUGACAUACAACCUACAACUUAUAGGUGCAGAUGGAUGGGAACCUGCAUCUUUUACGAUACUUGCUCAACAGUAUGUCCGCAUGAAAAGGUCACAUGGAGGAAAGGUUGUUCCAGGAGUGAUGGACACCGCUGCUGCUAAACAUCUAUCUCAUGCAUAUGGUGUUUUGUCUGAACGAGUGGCUGCUAUAGCUCAGAACGAAAAUUUGGGAAAACGACUGGCACAUGGAUACCCUUUCUUGGAAGCUGAGGUUGCCUACUGUGCUCGGGAAGAGUACUGUGAAUCCGCUGUAGAUUUUGUAGCUAGAAGAUGUCGUCUUGCCUUCCUCGACACUGAUGCUGCACAGCGAGCACUGCCACGAAUAAUAGAGAUACUGGCUGCAGAGCACAAAUGGAACAGGUCUAGGCAGAAACAAGAGUUGCAGAAGGGAAAACAAUUUUUAGAAACUUUCAAGUCAUCAAAAAAUGCACAAUUCCAUGACGGGAAGCAUUAG